UCUGUCUGUCUGUCGGGUAUAAGCAGGCUGAGCCGAGCCGAGCCACCUCCACUCCUCUGACUCACAGUCACACUACAGGCAGACAGGUGUGUGGCAGCAGCAGCAGCAGAGAGGACUCCAUCUGGAUCUAUUUUUAAUACAUUUUUAAUAUAUUUUUAUACAUAUCAAACAGCUCCAUCAUGCUGUGGACGGCGAGGCAAGUCUGCAGGAGAUUCUCCAGCUCCACAAACUAUUACCAGAAUAAGCUGAAACUAGCUAUAAUUGGCCAGAGCGUGUUUGGCCAGGAGGUGUACAGCAGCCUGAGGAAGCAGGGCCACAAGGUGGUGGGGGUGUUCACGGUGCCCGACAAGGACGGCAAGGCCGACCCGCUGGCGGUGGCGGCGGAGAAGGACGGGACGCCGGUGUUCAAGUUCCCCCGGUGGCGUGUCAAGGGGAAGCCCAUCCCGGAGGUGGUGGACGCCUACAAGGCGGUCGGCGCCGAGCUCAACGUCAUGCCCUUCUGCUCCCAGUUCAUCCCCAUGAACGUCAUCGACGACCCCAAGCACGGCUCCAUCAUCUACCACCCCUCCAUCCUGCCGCUGCACAGAGGAGCCUCCGCCAUCAACUGGACCCUGAUCCACGGCGAUAAGAAAGCCGGAUUCUCAGUGUUCUGGGCCGACGACGGGCUGGACACCGGACCCAUCCUGCUGCAGAAGGAGUGUCCUGUGGAGCCCAACGACACCGUGGACACGCUCUACAACCGCUUCCUCUUCCCAGAGGGCAUCAAGGCCAUGGUGAAGUCGGUGCAGCUCAUUGCUGAUGGAAAGGCCCCCAGAAUCCCCCAGUCAGAGGAAGGAGCGACUUACGAAGGCAUUCAGAAGAAGUCCAACGCCAAGGUCAACCUGGCCCAACCGGCUGAGGCCAUCCACAACUGGAUCCGCGGCCAUGACAAAGUCCCCGGUGCCUCCGCCGUCAUUGGUGGUCAGGUCGUGACCCUGUACGGCUCGUCCAUGCUGGGGGGGUCGGUACCGGCCGGUCAGCCCCUGGAGAUGGAAGGGGCGUCCCAGCCCGGCCUGGUCACCAAGAACGGCCUCGUGCUGUACGGAACCGACGGGAAAGCUCUCCUGGUGAAGAACCUGCAGUUUGAAGAUGGGAAGAUGAUCCCUGCCUCUAAAUACUUCUCCUCUGGUGAAAGCUCCAGCGUGGAGCUGACUGAUGAUGAGAAGAAGAUGGCCGAGGAGAUCAGGAACAUCUGGAAGGGCAUCCUCAGCAACGUCCCGGCCGUCGAGGACGCCACGGACUUCUUCAAGUCCGGAGCCGCCUCCAUGGAUGUGGUCAGGCUGGUGGAGGAGGUGAAGCAGAAGUGCGCCGGCGUCCAGCUGCAGAGCGAGGACGUGUACAUGGCCACCACCUUCCAGGACUUCAUCCAGAUGUUCGUCCGCAAGCUGCGAGGGGAGGACCAGGAGGAGGAGCAGGUCAUCGACUAUGCAACCAAAGACGUGAACAACAUGACGGUGAAGAUGCCCAACCAGUGUUUCAUCAACGGCCAGUUUGAGGACGCAGAAAACGGCAAAACCUACGACACCAUCAACCCUGCCGACGGAUCGGUGAUCUGUAAGGUGUCCUUCUGCUCGGUGGGGGAUGUGGACCGGGCCGUGGCCGCCGCCAAAGAAGCUUUUUAUAACGGACCCUGGGGCAGGAUGAACCCCAGAGACAGAGGGAGUCUGCUGUACAGAGUUGCAGACCUGAUGGAGGAGCACCAGGAGGAGCUGGCCACCAUCGAGUCCAUCGACUCGGGAGCCGUGUACACGCUGGCCCUCAAGACGCACGUCGGCAUGUCCAUCCAGACCUUCAGAUACUUCGCCGGCUGGUGUGACAAGAUCCACGGUAAGACCAUCCCCAUCAACCAAGCCAGACCCAACCGCAACCUGACCUUCACCAGGAGAGAGCCUCUGGGUGUGUGUGCCAUCAUCAUCCCGUGGAACUAUCCUCUCAUGAUGCUGGCGUGGAAGAGCGCCGCCUGCCUCGCAGCGGGGAACACGCUCGUUCUUAAACCCGCACAGGUCACUCCGUUGACGGCGCUGAAGUUUGCUGAGCUGUCGGUGAAAGCCGGCAUUCCUAAAGGAGUCAUCAACAUUUUGCCAGGCUCAGGUGGGAUGGUGGGACAGCGUUUGUCCGACCACCCGGACAUCCGUAAGCUGGGCUUCACCGGCUCCACGCCUAUCGGCAAACAGAUCAUGAAGAGCUGUGCGCUCAGUAACCUGAAGAAGGUUUCUCUGGAGCUGGGAGGGAAGUCGCCUCUCAUCAUCUUCAGCGACUGUGACAUGGACAAGGCUGUUCGCAUGGGGAUGAGCUCUGUGUACUUCAACAAGGGGGAGAACUGCAUCGCUGCCGGACGUCUGUUUGUGGAGGAGUCCAUCCACGAUGAGUUCAUCAACCGAGUGGUGGAGGAGCUGAAGAAGAUGAAGGUGGGAGACCCGCUGGAUCGCUCCACGGACCACGGCCCGCAGAACCACAAAGCCCACAUGGACAAGCUGCUGGAGUACUGCGAGGUCGGACUGAAGGAGGGAGCUACGCUGGUGUACGGAGGCAAACAGGUGGACAGGCCAGGUUAUUUCAUGGAGCCCACCGUGUUCACUGACGUGGAGGACCACAUGUUCAUCGCCAAAGAGGAGUCCUUCGGCCCCGUCAUGGUGGUGUCCAAGUUCAAAAACGGCGACGUGGACGGCGUGCUGCAGAGAGCCAACGACACGGAGUACGGCCUGGCGUCGGGCGUGUUCACCCGCGACAUCAACAAGGCCAUGUACGUGAGCGAGCGGCUGGACGCCGGAACGGUGUUCGUCAACACCUACAACAAGACCGACGUGGCUUCACCUUUUGGAGGCUUCAAACAGUCCGGCUUCGGCAAAGACCUCGGAGAGGACGCUCUCUUGGAAUACCUCAAGACCAAAGCAGUGACUGUGGAGUACUGAGACUCUGCGAACGAACUCUGACCCACAUCUGAAUAGGAAGGGACUCCUGUCUGUCUGUCUGCUUCAGUCAGACAUCCAGCUUCAGUCAGACAUCCAGCUUCAGUCAGACAUCCAGCUUCAGUCAGACAUCCAGCUUCAGUCAGACAUCCAGCUCCAUUCAGCUCUGCUUCUGGACAGUGUGUGUGAAUGUGUGAAUGUGUGAGUGUGUGAGUGGAGUGUGUACUGGAUGAAUGAGAGGAGAGCCACAGUUUGGAAAACGUGCCUGACUUUCUUCGUUAAAAACAAAGCUUCACAUCAUGAACUCGUACGUGUUUGAUACCCGUCUGUGUGUAUCUACACAUAAAACCCAGAGUCGGACGCCUGAUGAGAGCCGAGCUGGUUCCCACUAGUUUCACCGUUUCAAGGUCAGCAACAAGAUCUCCAGAGUAUUAUUAUUAUUAUGUGAGACUACUGGUGUAUUUCCAGGGUGAAGAAUGAAUGUUCACACUCACAUCAAAACAAAUAGGUAGCAGUGAAAGAAGGGAUCGUUGACUCUGUUUUAUUCUAAUUGAUUAAAGUCUUAAUGAGGAGCGACUUCACCACCGCCAAAAGCAAGUUGGUAAAUACUUUUAGAAU